CGUACGGCACGGGUACGCAUACCCAUAACAGUCGUCGAUGACUUCCUCGAUACUUUCGGCUUUAUCCCGGCGGAAUUUAUGUAAGUUUUAAGAUGUUUAGAUUAAGUAGGAUACGUACGUACCACCUAGUAUUAAGUCAAGAUGUACCUGAUUUCUGAUUUUUUUCGAUUUUUCGUUUCGAAUAAAAUAAUUAAUGUACACACGUAUAGACUUCUUUAUUUUACUUAAAGUACAAUAAAUGAACAAAUUGACACACGUACAAAGCCAGAGAAUAACUACUGUAACAGGUAAGUGAAAUUGAUUCUCUUGAAUAUCGCAAUCGUGAAAUAUCACAUCACUCUAGAUCGGAGAAUAUUUUGCUAAGCAAAAUUCGAAUGUGCGUUCGUACGAUUAUCAAACCAAAAUUUUGAUAAAUCAACCAAUGUGCCAGUAGUUCGAUUAAGUGCGUUCUCGCAAAGCAUAAUAUUUCGAGCGUAUAAGGGAGGCAGCGUGCGUAUAUCGAGUACUGUAAAUUGAUGUAAAGUGAUCGCGUUUAUAAUAUUACCGUACGGUUAAUUUACGAGUGUUUUGCUACGCAAUCUUUCUACGUUCGUGCGAUGGCUCAGGAGCCGAUUUUCCCCGGAUUAGAUCCGGCGCUUGCGGCCAUUCGACCGCCAGAAAUGAGACCACCGUUCCGAUCGAUCUUCUUACAAUUCCAGCGACCUCGACACGCAGUACAACGACGCCCGCGUAUCGUAGUAACAGUCGCUGCCAAUGAGCGGAAUAUAUACGCUUCCUCCAUAUCAACGACUUCGACCAACGGCUAAAUGAGCUAAUUUUUCAAAAUCUAACAGAUUUCGCGUACGGAAACUCAGCAAUCGUUAUCGAAUUUCACCAACAUUUUAAUGAAGAAGGUGCGCAGCUGAUCAUUGCGAGGCGAAGAGAUCGUACGACAAGGGUCUAUCGACCAAUGGCGAUCAUAGACGAGUUCCUGCAGCUAUUAAGAUUAAAUUACGCGGAUUUUGCGUAAAAUUUGAAGUUUUAUACACUCGAAAAAGUAAGAACUCGUCCGGUAACUGUUUAUAGGUAACUUGUACCUCGGUAUUUAAUUUUAAGAUGUAAAAUUUCUCAACGAAUAAAACUGUACGGAUAGUCCAGCGAUAUACGUAUACGUAUUACUUGUCCAUGCCUACCAGGGCAAAACAAAUAGGAACUAUGUUCGAACAAAUAGGUAAAAGCUUACAUAAGAAUCAACAAAAUUAUAGGAAGGGCAAACGUGGCAACAGGGGAUAAAAUUAACAGACUCAAAAAUGAGUAAAAAUUUAACGAAAUGCUUCGAAUAGAAUAUCACCAACGUGAUAAGAGUUUAAAAAUAAACUUGGUAACUAUUAUCUGAACAGAUAUGGGUAAGUAUCAAUUGUAUUGAAACAUUUUUCUCUACAGGUGGUAUUACAGUUAUGAUACGAACGCAAGAUGCACCUAUGUGCAAAUAACCGAAAGGUAAGUACUUUACAAUUAUACCUAGCUCGGGAAAAUACGUAGAAACGAAUGAUUGAAAAAUUUAUACAUGUACGAAAACGUACACAUUUUUUGAUUUACUAUUUUAAAAACCUGAAACGCUCGUUCCGCCUCACACUAACCUACUCACACCUCACUCAAAUUACUCGUACAGUUUCACUCCUGAAAACACAUAAAAAACAUCGUAUAUUUGAGACAGAAAUAGGUGAGUUGAAUAGAGAAGGCGAAGAAAUAGGCAGGUACCUACUUGCCUUGAAAUAAUACAUAAGAAAUGCCAGUUAGAAACGUACGUUUCUUUUUUCUAACUCCACGCCCACCAAAGUGACUAAUUACCAUAAAAAGGUUCAUUUUUUGCUGCAAAUUACUCAAACACUCAUCGUACGAUGAAUACGAACCUUUUUCGGUAACAAUUCAUCGACCAUUAAAAUGGUAAUUAAUGCAUCGUUCGAUGCCCUGCUCAGCGAAAAACAACCACGUGCGUUGACCCAAACAUGUUUUCUACACACGUGAUGACAGCGAAUAGGUUCGUACGAACAAUAUAACACAUCUCAGGGGUCGGUUUCAAGGCUAAAAUUACAAUCAAAUUCCUUUCAAAGGACCAAAUAUUCACUAGCGUGACAACUACGGAUUUAUUACCUAUAAAAAAUCAACUUGAAACCGAAUAAGAUAUCCAAAAGACCGCUUCCUAGUGCGUAAUAAAAUGAAACAAUACGCACAUUGCACGAACGUGUUUCUUCUGCUUUUCGUAGAAAUUUGACUACGCCGCUUGGUCGCCACCAACCAGUCACCUAAGGGAGGGAGAAGGGCAGUUUUUGCGUUAGCAGCUCAUUUCUGUCUACUGAUAUGAUUAUUCUCUUCUAGUCGCUCGUGUUAUCAUCAUGCUUACGCUGGAAGAAUGCGAAACGUUAUCGCGCAUUUUACUGAUAAUCAAAGAAAUACUUGCUCUCGUUCGAGAGAUGCUUUCCACCCUCCUCUAAAUUAUAUUUAUACAAAAAAGGCAUCGAGCGACGCGCGCAGACGGAUUCGAAUUACUAUCUAUUGCACAUAUUGUAAUCGGUUCCAUUAUAUUCCUGUCUACCGCCCGGCUACAGUUCGAUCUUUACGUUUUUAAAAUUAUCAUUGUAUUUUUUAUGUAUGUUAUUAUCGUGUGUGAACGUUUUGCGAAGUAUCAGUGUUCGAUGAAUCGAGUAUUUUAUUACCAUUCUUGUAAAUUGCGCGAAUAAUAUGAAUUUUUUGUGCGUACAUUACGUGUUAUAUGUGUAAAUACUGCGAGUACGAUAAUCCUCUAGUGUCGGUGUGUCGCGAAUUAUAUAUCUACGAACGCAGAGUGUUCGACAUCUCGGGUACGUGUGUACGAUUCGUGGAAAAACUUUACCGAUCGCGAGUGAAUUCAACCAUGGCCGACGACCAAAUUACGGUAAUCUUGUGCUCCAAAUGUCACAAACCGAUUUUCGACCCAAACCAACGAGUAAAUCAUGAUAAUUUACCGACGCUGGCCGCCACGCGCUGCCACGCUUUUCACCCGUUUUGCCUUAGCCAAAUGCGAGGUGAGUCGAUGGCUUCCGACGAAAAUGGCAAUUUUGUAUUAUGCCCAGAGCUGAAUUGUAACCGAGCGAUAAGGCCACUCGACGCGAACUUCAUUAGUCCGGCAACCGAUCAAAUCGCCGCAGCUCCAAUUGCCCGUCCGGACCCACAAAUUGAACUCGACGCGGCCCGCCAACGAAUUUCGAGGUAUGAAUACAUCAUGGAAAAUUAUCGCGAAUCGGUGCAAGAUAGAGAUGCGACGAUUCGCCGCUUACAAAAUCAAUUGCAGCACCAGCGAGAAGUCAAUCGCCAACUACGUAACGAGAACGCUACGCUCGUAAAUCGUAACCAAGCUACCAGGCCGCCGCGAGUCAAUGUAGCCAGUCGCAAUAUGCCUAAUCGUAACGCAGCUGUUACUAGUACCACCGAUCAGCGACGUGUAUCCACGACUUCGACGACUUCGACGAAUACCGAUACGACUCCGGCAAAUACCGCCACAAACGCGGUGACGACUUCGACGACCAACGCCACGAACGUGACAUCGCCGACACCUGGUAUGUCUUCUGGAAACGUAGCGACCGUACGGCCUUUCGAUAAUGCUACGUCUCACCGCCGACCUACGAAUUCGCACGCUGCUGCCGCAUUGUCCAACUACGAAUACGAUACGCCGAUGCGAGAUCUACCCCAAUAUAAUGCAGAUGGAUCGAUCGCAACCAUGGGCUUCCGACCCCUUCGAUCUGGUCCAGCGCCAAGCAACGACAGAUACGAGGCGAUUCCACCUACCGCACGCAAUCCAACGAGCAAAUUCAUCACCGAGCCUGCGAAACCUGCCGAGAAACAAAGACCGCAUUGCAUGGCAAAUCUUUCGAAAAGCCACAAUCGUUUCUACAAAAAAUUCAAGAUCGACUCCAAAAUGCUCAAGCCAUUCUAUCCGCUCAACGCCCUACCUCACGAGUUUACGACACUUGGCGUAUUCGUCGGCGAAAAUGACGCGAGAUCGGCGGUCGCCGCACAAGACGUGUUAUUGGCUGGUGAUGGAUUUGUGCUAGGUGUAGCUGAAUGGAUUAUGUACCAACGCGAUAUACGCGAAUACAUGCAUCCCGGUCUGUAUGGACGCGAGAUUCGUAUUCGAGAAUUCAUCAGCACGCUCGCAAGUUUCAAACGGCUACCGCCUCGCCUCAUCAUCUCCAUUGGUAAUCUUGAUGCGUUCGAUAAUUUCGACAGCGAAGAAUUCAAAGAACUAUUUCGCAGAUUAAUCAAGAUUUGCCGCGACCGCGGAGUGCGUGAAAUUUACGCUGUGCCAAUUAUUCAACACGCGGAGCAAGAUGAAACUGUAUACGCUUCGGUCAUGUCAGUGUUUGAGGUGAACUACAGCACCAUGCUCGGCGGACGCUACGCAUUGAUCGACCCUUAUCCGUGGUUCGUGAACUACACCCCGACAGUAGGUGAACGACCUCCCAUGUACACGAUACAGGAACAUGAGGAGUUCGCGGUAUGGAUACGGCACACGUUCAUUCCGCCGACCAACGAUGCCAGCGAGGCAAUACGUCAACGGUAUCGAGAACCCGAAAAUCUUCUUCGCAACCCGACGGCAGAAUCGCAGUCCGAAAAUGAAUCUUCGUCGACGACUGACAACCGCCAGCUGACGCAUGGCCCAGCUUCGACGUCGCGCGACGCUCAGCCGCACCAGGCCGUCAACGAUUUGACUGAAGACGAUGCCCAACCUGGCCCAUCGACGAAAGCCGCACACACCGAGAGUUGGGUAAACCUUACCGCCGGCCAAGACUCCGAAAACCAUACCAACGACGACGUUUCAACGGCCGAAGAAAAAAUUGACGAAAGCGAAGGUUUUUCGGGCGUUCGAGCGAACGAACAGGAAGCACGGCCACCAACGCCUCAACCGGAUAACAACGACGAUGCCGAUAACGAUUCUGUCGAUUCCAAACUCCAUAUUGACGAGGACAUGAAAUCGCUAUCUACCACGGUCUCAGAGCUGAGCGACGAUGAAAAUCAGCAAGCUGAAAAUACUGGAAAAACCGACGGCGAUGCGACAACCGCUCCAAAUCUAACCACGGACGAAGAAAUGCUCGAAUAAGGUUCGUUUGUACAAUUUAUCAAUUUCAAACUAACAGCAUGAUAUUGACGUACGUCAUUGUUAUUGCUUACGUUUGCAUGGUACUAUGAAGCUCAUGCUGGAAAAAUGUAGACCAGAAACAAAAUUGAAAAAGAGGAAUUGUCCCAUCUCUAUUCAAAAUCAAUACUCGUACGAGUAAUUUUGCAUCGAUCUUUUGGUAAUAAAUGUUGGAACUUUGGCAACUAAGGAUUUUUUAUCGAUGCAACAUGUUUUCUUAAUUACUCAAAAUUUUUCUCGUGUAGUUUGAAAGUGAUAAAUUUCGUUACCUUCGUUUGAAUACUACCCAAUCUUUGACAUAAUGGAGUAUCCAUUAAAAUUACCGACUAUGACUUUUUUGUAAAUAUUUACCACCGAAU